GGAAGAGAUUUCCAGGCAAAAUACAUAAAACAGCAGUGAGACGAGUUACCAUUCUGCUCAGACGGAGGCGUAAUUGAGGACAAGGAAAAACGCGGAUAGGAUCGCUCAUCACCGUUAGAAGCAAACAUGAAACAUUUGAUAUUGAUAUUAUCGUUUUUAGCAGUUUUACCAAUAUUUGCACAGAAAGUUCCUCGGCUCAAAUUCAGAAUUAAAGAUCCAGUCCGAUAUCAGUUUUCCAAAGAGGAAAACUACACAGUGUUUUUUCAUGAAGAAGGGACAGAUGUCAUUUUUGUCGGAGGCAGAGAAGUCAUCUAUGUCCUGCAGUUUAAAGACUCCAAAGUCAGUGCAACUGAGGUAAAUGUUGAAGUGGAUGAAAAUGCAAAGAAGGUCUGCCUUUCCAAAUCCAAUGUACUGCAGACAGAAUGUGAAAACUUCAUUACAACAAUUCAACCACUGGAAAAUAAUCACAUUGUGUGUGGCACCCAUGCAACAGCUCCCAAAUGUUGGAUGCUGGAAAAUGAAACCAAUCUGACUGACACUGUGGCGCAGCAGUUAAACCCAAAGGACAUUUCACCUUCUUUCCCUUCCCAGCGCUCCUUCACUUUAUCUGCAGAUGGCAAUUUUUACUCAGCACUCUCUAUGGCAAGAAAUUUUAGUGGUAUCCUUCGCCGAAGCCUGGGUAACAAGAAGCAAGUUAAAACUGAAGUAAAAUGGUUACAAAAUCCUCAGUUUGCUGGAGCAGCUGUUAUUCCAGGGAAGGAAAAAUACAAAGAAGAGAUAUAUGUCUUCUUUACAGAAGUUAACAAAACAUCUGCCAUGGAUGAAAAUCCAUACCGGGCAAGAAUAGGCCGCAUCUGCAUGGUUGAUGAAGGAGGAAUUCGAGGUACUCUCCAAGAUUCAUGGACAACAUUUUUAAAAGCUCGAGUGAUGUGUGGCUUUCCAUCCACACUUCGACAAUUCAACCAGUUCAAGGAGGCCUAUGUGCUGAACAGUAACACACAACGGGAAGGAGUAGUAUAUGGCAUUUUCUCCAAUGCUUGGGAUUCUACUGUGGUCUGUGCGUACUCUCUCUCAGAUAUUGACCAAACUUUCAGAACAUCCAGGUUAAAAGGAUAUACAACUGCUCUGCCUCAGCAGCGACCUGGAACGUGUGUUUUUAAGAAUGUGACUUCCAGUUACACUGCAAAAGUCCUUAGUAUUAUCCGAGACUACUCAGAAAUUGAAGAUAUAAUUAAUCCUUCUGGCAUGCUGCCACUGAAUCUACCACAAGUUGAACGCUACACAAAGAUUGUUGCUGACCGUGUCCGUGCUUCAGAUGAGACCUACUACAAUGUACUGUACCUGGGUACAGGUUGGGGUAAGAUUUAUAAAGUGAUGCACAGUGAUGAUGAAGUCUUCACAAUUGGACAAUAUUCAGUUUUCCGCUAUGAAGCUCCAGUCACAGCAAUGACAAUUGACACCAUCACGGGAUAUCUCUAUGUUGGAACAACAUUGGAAGUGCAGCAGCUUCCAUUGGCUAAUUGCAGUAGCUAUGGAGACACUUGUAGGAGAUGUGUCCUUGCUCGAGACCCAUAUUGUGGUUGGGAUCUGGUCAAUCACAAAUGUUCUGCCAUUCCAGAAGGAUACAAUUUCAGCUCUGGUGAAUUCUUUCAGAACAUGCUGCAGUCCAAUGCGCCUGUGUGUGUAGAGGUUACAGAUCCCAAAGUCCACAAUAUGCUCCCUAAGGAAGUGACCUUAGAUUUAGACAGCUACAUCUCACUGCCCUGUCCAGUGUACUCCUACCAUGCAACAUAUGUGUGGGAAAAAGACAACUGCCAGAAACGCUACCACUGUAUUAUAAAUGGGGAUUCCUGCCCACUUAUAGACACUGAAGAUUUUCCAAUGAAGGAUGGUGUAUACCGUUGUACCGCAGAAGAGGGGCAGAAAGAAGAGAUGGUGUCAUAUAGACUGGUAUUCAGUGAUGCUCCAGCAGGCCUGCUGUCUGCUCAGAUGAUUGUGCUUGUGUCCUCUUUUGCACUUCUGGUACUCUCUUGUUGAUGUAAGACUGCUAUCUGGCCACAGGGGGCAGCAACCUUUGCCUUUUGGCACUGUAGCACUUACAGAGUUGAAUUAGGUAUCUAGAAACAUUUUAGUAAGCUAUAACUUGACAGGUAAAACUGUAUAAAAGCAAUUAAAACAUUUUUUUUAUUGAAAAUGUGGCUGAAACUUAAAAUGUCAAUUUAAAUGAUGCACCUGAAAUUUGAAGAAAUUACAUUAAUUGAUUAAUUCUCAGUUUGCUAUAAAGGUUGCAAGCAUUAGUUUCUAAUAACUGUAAUUACAGCCAUACAGUAUUUUAUCUGAUUUUUCUGUGCGCAUCAGUUUAUUCUUUCUGUCAUAAUGCACUUUCAAAGGAGCUGAGUAUAUUUUUUAUUGUGAUCAGUGAUGGUUCCUCAAUAUAAGACUCUUAGGCCUUCCUAACAUUUACAUUUAAAACAUAUAUAAAAUUACAUUUAAAUGACUUAACAAAUUAGAUGUUUUGUGUUGUAUACAGAACUUAAAUGCUAAAUUGAAAAUGGCCAAAUUAAAUUAUAUUCAAUUUAAAAACUAAAACAGAUGAAAAUUAAGUUCUGAGCAGCUUCUUCUUUGGCAGAAAUUAAAUCUGGAUUUCAGCAUUAAGCCGAACUCUUUGAAGUAUUAUUACAUGAAAAAUCUUUAAAAAUCUAUUAAAAAACCUAUCCAUGCACAUUGGUUUCGCUAUUUAACAACCAUCUAGAAUAAUGUUUAAGGGUGGUGUGUCAAGAGUUCAUACUGGUCAUCACUGUAAUUCCUGUUCUGGCUGUGCAAGGCUUGAAGAACCAGCCAAGAAAAAAAUAAAAAUAACAAAGACCUGGAAAAAAGGAAACAGGAGUAGCAGUUGAAAUUACAAGCAAUGCUUAUUUUAUUUAAGUCAACAUAAUAUAAGUCAACAUAAAUGGACCACUGUUAUAUUCUUUAAAUGCUGGUAAAUGAUUACUUAAUCUUUUGAAGAAAUAGUGUUCAUGCAUACGGAGAGUCUGCUUUGGUAUUUUAUUAGUAGCACCAACAACGGGCAAAAUAUCACCAUGGCUAACAAAGAACAGUUAAAAAGAUGUGGAAUGUUGCAAAAUAAUCAACAUUGGAUGCCACACUGUUCCUCCACAGCACAUGCGGAACUGGUUUUAUGACUACCGGCAGUAUGUAUGAUUCCAGCACUUCCUGCUUCUAAUAGCAGAAAAUUGACAAAUCAAUCUUCAUUUAUUUCUGUUAAAUUAGUGUUUAGGGGACAUACAGCACUACAUUUUAUUCAAAUCAGACAUCUUUCUCUUUAUCAGCUAGAAAGCAAGGAAGGAAAAAAUUGAAGCAAUACCUCAAAGUCAAACUUAUCGAAAAAUCUAAAAGAUCAGAAAUAGCUUAGCAUGCUCAGUCAACUGAAGAAUGACACUUCUUUCUCAAAGUGAAUAAAUUGUUCUUCUAAUUUAAGAUAAAUAAUCUACAUUUGUGUGAAUAAUAAGCAAUUUAAUUCCAAUAAGGUCUGAGUAGGUCACAUUCCCAAAAUGUGCAGCUCACUAAAGUAAAUGCCCAGUGACAAUGCUUAUAACUGGCUUUAUGAAACAGAUUAAUUUUAGACUGAGACAAAAAAGAUGUGUGCACUGAACAGUUCUGAGCUACAUUUGAUCAUGUUUUGCACAAAUUGAGGAAUACUGCAGUUAUUUGAGGACUGACUUCAAUUUGUUACCUGAAAAUGGUAGUUGAAAGUGCCAGGUCCCAAUAUUGACUUAGGCUAUCUAGAGAUGCACUAAAGCAUGUGUAAAGUUUUGAGAUACUAUCUACAUCUUUAAUGCAGCUGGAAAGCAUCACUUCUACAGCAGAUAAUAAGGGAGGUUUGAGGAAGUUGACUGGUUUUAUCAAAGUCUCUAACCUGCAAGUAAUAUAGAAAAGUUUUAAUAAAAGACUAAAUUUAACACACAGGUAUUUAAAAAAUGCAAAUAUAUUGUCAGUAUAUAAUUUUUAAAGUUACAAAUAAUUAAGCACAAAUCCAAAUAAACAAUUACAGAAUACUUACACCAAACUUCAACAACAUUAACUAACCAAAACAUGAACAAGGAAAUUAAAAUAGAAUGGUACAAUGAAGAGAAAAAUGGCAAAAUGAAGCACUUAAAGUAAUACGAAAACCACAAAGGGUGCCCUGUACUUGAUGAAAGAAGGGAAAUUGCAGAAUUAAACGAUUUACUUUCAAGAUUUAUUAAAACAGAAUAUAUUAAUUAAACUAGCACAGAAGAAGAAAUUAAUUCCAAAAUACAGAUUAUGUAUCAAGAGGAACAACAAUGACUAUCAGAAAAAAGUUUUCCAUAAUGAUUCUUAUAGACUCUACUUAUGAGACUCUGGAUCAUUUUGCUAGAAUGCCCUUCAGGAAUGGCUGAAGCAGGUGAUAUGCUUUAUUGAUUUUAAAUAUUUUCCAAUACUUAUACUUCUAAUUUUAUUUCAUUCCAAUAGUUUACAUUUCUAACUUUUCAUUUUCAAAACUAUUGCCACAUGUGCAUGACAUCAUGUGAAUGACUUUUGUUACAGAUAGCAUUUGAGAUUUCUUGUCACUCUGCCAUACUGUAAAAUGAUCUUUGUGGGAUGCUUGGGAAAUUUUUGACAGUAUACAAAUAUUCAAGAAAACUAGCUCACAGUGAAUAUCUCCUAAUGCUGUAAGUAUCAAGAAUUAAAAUUAAUCCACUGGAAUUAUAUGUAGCUGCAAAUAAUUAUACCAACAUAAAUUUGACUAAAUCUGAGGGAUGUUGAUAAGUAUAACAUAGAUGGAUACACUUUAUGUAUGAAUUGGCAAAAUCAAAAACAUGAGCUAGUGGCCAUUUAAGUAAAAGAGAACAAAAAUAAAUGUCAAAGUAACAAGAUAAUGUAAAGAUGUUGAAGGGCUUUUAUACGUAAGUAGAUGUGAACUUAUAGACACUAAGAGUUGAGUAUAUAGCAAAUCAAAAUCAGUACAUAGGUAAAGAAACAGUCAGUCAAAUAAUACUCUGUUGUAUGCUAAAUCCACUUUGUAAGAAAAUAUGUACUGUAUUUUUUUUUAUACUUUUCUUGUUAAUUUUUUAUUAGCCUAGAAUUCAUUUGUAUUGUGAUCAUUUAAAAAAUAACUGUUAGAAUCAAAGGAUAACUGUAUAUAAGUGAUACAAUUUAAAACAAAAAAUGUUCAAAAUCAAACAUAAUUGAAAACACAGGAAUACACAAUGUAAAAAUAUUGAUUACUUUGGAUGCAUCUAAGUGUUCUACAGUUUUUGAGCUGGGGCUUUGUACAUCUUGUUUAUAAAUAACAAACACAGAGCACUUGUAUUAUAUUCAUGAUAAUUAAAAAAAAACAUUUUUAAAUAUGGCAUUAUUAAUUGAUCCAUUAUUGCUUUAUUCUGAAAGUAGUUUGGCCUUCAAUCUGUUUUGAAAACUACAAUAGAAAAAGCUUACUUGGAAGAUGUACUGUGAAUUUCUAUGAUGAAUGGCCUUAUUUUUAUUUCAGAUAUUAAAUCCUAAAGAGUGAUUUUAUUUAGCAAUCAUUGCUGCCAUAUCACUCACUGCCAUAAAAGUGCAUUCUGUCUAUCUAACAGAAUAGCAUGAGGUCAAAGCUACUGCCACUCACUCAGUCAUCUCCAUGCUUAAUAUGUAUCCCAUAAUCUGAAUCACUUCAGUAACAUCAAAUACCCAAUUAUGUGAUUGACUCUGUGGAAAGUCUCUGAAGGUUGCUGCCCUCUUAAAAAGGUGCCAAUAGUGGAUGACGCACUGCCAGAAAUUUGGUGGGAAGUUUCAUAAUGUUCCACCAGCCUAUCUGCUGUACAUGUUGCUGACAGCUUUUUGUGUUUGAGUAGUAUUGUUGCACUCUUUGCGAGUUGCCAAAUCAAAUUUCAUAUUGCACUACUUCUGCUUUUUAUCUUUACCUUGGUUUUAAUUUUCCGAAUCCUGUAUAUUAUCAUCUCUGCAACAAACCAGCCAAUACAUCUCCAUCUAGAUAUCCUAAACUAAGCAAGCAUUGCUAAGGAUUUGUAGUGGUAUAGCUUAUUACUUCUAAUUAAACAGGUAAAAAGGCAAAUUUGCUGUUGUCUGCAGUCUAAUCUGGAACUGGUUUUUAAAGACAAUAAUAUUCCACUUAAGAUUUUGUGUUCUUUAAAAAUACAGUAUGUUAGUAAUGCAUAGAAAUAGAUCACAAAAAUGAGUUACCUACAGCAACUUUAAGUACGCUUCCACAUAAACUUCACCCAGAGUGUGUUCCUGCUAUGCACCUUAUUCUUCUGAGAUAGGUCAUCAUUCCCAUUUGCAACCUGAACAGGAAUAUGGCACUCACUGAAAAUGGACAAUGUCAGGAUGCCCUAGUUACCCAAUGACCACAAACCAUCAAAGUAGGAGGAGUGAACAAAAGAAGCAUAAGACUUUGAAGACUAUGCACUAAUAUAGUGUCUAUCCAGAACAUGACUCUUUCUGCCUUGUGGGUGAGACACCCCAUUCAACAAUGUAUGGAAACACACAAGAUUCUCCUUUUUUCCUUUGAUAAGAGUAAUUCCUUUUAAGUAGUAAUUAAUGUAUUUGGUUUUAUUUUAUGUAUAUUCUAACUACUAAGACUAGCAAUUUAAUGAGAUAUAUCCAUACAGAAUCACUUCUCAGACUUUAAGGAUAUCCACAGUUUGCUUUUGUAUCUUAAUAAUUUACAAUAAUUUUUUUUUACUUUUUGACUCUUUUAUAAUGACCAUACAUACAUUCAAUGAUUUUAUGUAUUAUAAUUAGUAAACCUGUGAAAAAGUUCAAACACAGUCAUUUUUAAAUCUUAUUCAGAACACAAAUCUCUGGUAUCAUUGUUCCUGACCAAUGGAAGCUUGGGAGAUUGAAAUGGAGAUUGUAAUGUAUGCCCUGCUUCUUUAUAUUAGACUUAUUUUAAAUGAAAGCGGGUGUUAAAAGGAAGUUCAAAUCAUUUCAUUAAAGCUCUCAAAAAAGAGAAGCUAAUAAAAAGACUUAUAACAAUUUAUUUUGCAAGAAAAAAUGUUAUAAAUAUUGACUUCUUGGAAUGUAUUGAUUGUUUCAUUCAAAACAGUAAAUGCUUUGUCAUAAUUUGUUUUUUGAUUGGUAGCAGAAUGCAAUCAGCAAUUUGGUAUCUGAACUGUUCUUUGGCUGGUCUGUUUGUCAGGUUUGUUACUUUAUUCAGGUUGCAAAACCAUGCUUCAUGCAUAUUUUUAUAUUUUUUUAAAGAAUGUAUAAAGUAUUAAAGAAUAAUAUUUAAUUGCUUUUACUGGUGACCAUUAAAAAUGGAAACUGUAAGAAAAUAAAGAAAUAAAUAUUACCAA